AUGGGACAAUUUCUUAUACAGUUUGCUCAAGUCCAUGAGAGUUUCCGUUUAACUGAGCUAAAGGCACUCAGUGAUCUGAUUGGUAUAGAUGAACCAGAUUUCUCGAAUUACAGAAGUGAAUCACCAUUCCUGAGGAUAGAACUACCCUCUGUAGAGGUAGCAGCUCGGUUGGUAGAACGAAGUAUCAUUUGUAAAUCUGUCUACGAACUCUUUGGAUAUGGUGACAGUUAUGAUAACUUGCAUGAGAAUCUGAAGAGAAGUUACCCUGUUAACUACUGGGUAGAUAGAUUCAAGGAAGAUUCAUUCAAAUUUGAUAUAGUCUCAUAUUUAGGCACUAGGUCACGGGCUGAGCAGGUCAACAUUAUCAACACAUUCAAGUAUAUGGCUCUCACCGGCCCCAUCAAAAUGAAAAAUGCAGAACAUAUAUUUGCAGUGCUGGAAGAUUACAAACUAUUGGGAGAUACAGCUUCAUCACCUGCUUCUUCAGAACCCUAUCAAGUAUUUUUCGGCAAGUUUGUGGCAGAAUCAAGUAGGAGCGUUGUUGACAAGUAUGAUUUGAAAAAACGUAAAUACAUUGGCACAACAUCCUUUGAUGCUGAGUUAUCUCUUUUGACUUGUAAUAUAGCACAAGUAACCCCUGGAAAGUUUGUCUAUGAUCCGUUUGUAGGCACAGGAAGCUUCCUGGUCGCAGCUGGCCACUUUGGUGGGUUGUGCUAUGGUUCCGACAUUGAUGUGAGGAUGAUCAAAGGCAAAAGCAAGGCUGCUAAUAUAGAUGCCAACUUUGCUCAAUACAAGACAUCUUCAAGAUUUCUUGAUGUUAUGACAGUUGAUUUCACUCACAACUCUUUCCGAAAAGAUUUCAAGUUCGACGCUAUUAUCUGCGAUCCUCCCUAUGGAGUUAGAGAGGGUCUGAAAGUACUGGGGUCGAAAGAUCCUGAGAGAUUUAAGAACAAAGAGCAUGUUAUGAUUGAAGGGGUCCCGGCCCAUCUUAGACCGGAUUAUAUCCCUCCUAAGAAGCCUUAUGAGUUCACUUCUUUACUUGACGAUCUGUUGAAAUUUUCUGCGGAGCACCUAGUAGAGAACGGCCGUUUAUGUUUCUGGAUGCCCACUGCUAAUGCGGAUUUUACUGAGCAUGAUAUUCCGCACCAUGAAGACCUGGAAUUGCUAUCGAACAGCGUCCAAGAGUUCAACAAGUGGAGUCGUAGACUUGUGUCAUAUCGGAGGCGGCCAUAUGGAGAAAAGGGGCAUAACUAUACUGUCGGUGGCAGUGCUCCAGAGGAAUUUAGAGACAAAUACUUCCGUGGCUUCAAAGGAAUUGCUAAAAAGUAG